AUGUUUUUUAUUAUUAUUAUUUGGUGUUUUAAAUCAUGGGAUAAAUCUGAGAAACACACACACACGUUCUCUCUCUCUCUCUCUCACUCUCUUCCAUUCUCUCUCUUCCACUCAAUCUCUCCCUCACUUUCACUUUCUCUUUCUCUUCCAUUCUCUCUCAUGCUCUCUCUAUUACUUUUCCACUUUCUCUCGCUUUCACUCGCUCUCUCUCUCUUCCAUUCUCUCUUUUCCACUCUCUCUCUUCCGCAUUCUCUAUCUCUUCCACUCUCUGUCUUCCAAUCUCUCUUUCGCACACUCUCUCUUUCAUUCUCUUCCUCUCCCUUUCACUCUCUUUCACACUCACUCUCUUUCCAUCUCUCUCACUCUCUCUUCCCUCUCUCUCUAUUUCACUCUCUCUCUUCUAAUUUCUCUUUCUCUCACACUCUCUUUCUCUCUUUCAAACUCUAUCUUCCAUUCUCUUUCUUUCUCAUUGGUCAUUGUUUUGAAUAUCGCUGUCAUAUCUAUCUAUCUAUCUAUCUAUCUAUCUAUCUAUCUAUCUAUCUAUCUAUCUAUCUAAUUUUGUUCGUAAUCUAUCUAUCUAUCAUCUAUCUAUUACAGUUCUUUCAUCUAUCUAUCUAUCUAUCUAUCUAUCUAUCUAUCUAUCUAAUUUUUUUCGUAAUCUAUCAAUCUAUCUAUCUAUCUAUCUAUCUAUCUAUUACAGUUCUUUCAUCUAUCUAUCUAUCUAUCUAUCUAUUUAUCUAUCUAUCUAUCUAUUAUCUUUUCAUCUAUCUAUCUAUCUAUCUAUCUAUCUAA